AUGCCGGCGGCGAUGGAGGCCGGAAACCUGACGUCACUCCAACCGAGGUCGUACGACGUGCCGUGCCGCCGGGAGUUCGCGAACGUGCCGGUUGGAGCGGAUGAUGUGAGUGGAAGGUUCGGAGCCGACGACGUCAGCGGCGGAGGCUGUGAGGACAUGAGAGGAGGUGCCGAGUUGGUUCAAGUAAACUCAGCGGCGCCACCACCAGCCUGCUCUGUAGAUGGCGGCGGGGUGAUUUCGAGCUUUCCUAUUAGGCCUAGUGAGCUCACAGUUUCNCUGAGAGCUAAGCGGGUUAAUUGUGAUGAUAAAUGCCAACUGUGCUUGAGUGGUAAGGAAUCAGUCCUUCAUCUGUUUGUAGAGUGCGAUUACGCUAAAGCCUGUUGGAGCUAUCUACGACUCCAAUGUCAGGCAGGAUCUUAUACCAACUUCCAAGAUUGGAUGAGCACUAUGUCAACCUCCCUCUCCAACACUCAGGCUUGCACUCUGUAUAUUGUCUGUUGGAAAAUUUGGGAUUUGCGGAACAGUAUUUUAUGGAACAACCAAUCCCUCAAUGCUGCCCGUUUCACAGUCCAAAGUGCUCAAAAUUAUCUUAAUGAUUGGUUGGAGGCCAACAAAGCUGGGCAGUUUGGAGAUGAAUUAGCAGUAGCUGAAGAGCCUAAAUGGUCUAAACCUCAAUUGGGAUUAUUGAAGUUGAAUGUUGAUGCGGCUAUUGACAAACCGCACUCGAAAAUGGGCUUUGGAUGUGUUCUUAGGAAUGAUCAAGGUCACUUUGUUGCUGCAAGAGGAUCACAAUGGAGUGGCGCCUAUAAUUCUAGAGAAGCCGAGGCUGUCGCCAUAAGAGAAUCACUAAGCUGGGUGAAAAGCCAUGACUUUGACAAUAUUAUCAUUGAAACAGAUUCUUUACAGGUGGUGCAGGGACUCAACUCUACUUUAGAAUGAGUAUAAAGCCUGGUAUUCUGGUAAUAGCGCCACCCACCGGCAGGCCACCGCGGAUCCUCACGUGACCCAUCGGCCUUUGCACUCCACCUCACGUGACCUGGGAAACUCAACGGCUCUGAUAUCGUCUCC